AUGGGGUUCAGCACGGAGGCCGAAUUUGACCAGGCCUACAACACAGUGCAAAAUACAUUCGCGACCGGAGCCACCAAGGACAAAGAAUGGCGGCGGCAACAACUCAAGCGCACCUGGUGGAUGAUCGAAGACAACAAGGAUCGCAUCUGCGCCGCGCUCUUUACCGAUCUCCACCGGCACCGCUACGAAACGGGUCUCUCGGACAUUGCGAUGUUGCAGAAUGACAUCCUGCGCACGCUCGAGAAGCUGGACGAGUGGACAAAGGACGAGAAGCCCACUCGCUGGGAUAUAAUAAAUUUCAUGGGCGGCACCCGAGUGCGGAAAGAGCCCAAGGGCGUGGCGCUCAUCAUUGGCGCCUGGAAUUUCCCAUUUCUCCUACUGCUUCAGCCCAUGCUCGCCGCUAUUGCGGCAGGUUGCGCGAUGAUUCUGAAGCCAUCUGAUAUGGCACCUGCGGCGCAGGAUCUGCUGAUGGAGAUCCUCCCGCAGUAUCUGGAUGGAAGUGCUAUUCGUUGCAUCAGUGCCGGCCCGCAGGAGAUGCCGCAUAUAUUGGACCAGCGUUACGACCAUAUCUUCUACACGGGGUCGGGCAAUAUUGGCAAAAUCGUGCAUGAGGCAGCUGCGAAACACCUCACUACCGUUACGCUCGAACUGGGAGGUCAAGCCCCAGCGAUUGUUACGGCCAACGCCAACGUUGAUCUCUCGGCCAAGCACAUCGCUGCCACCAAGUUUACCAACGCGGGCCAGAUCUGCCUCAACGUCAACCAUGUCCUUGUGGACCCAACCGUUCGUGAAGCGUUCGUGAACAGCAUGAUCCAGCACUUUGACAUCUUCAUGGGAGGGAGAGACACCAAGCCCGAGUACUACACGCACAUCAUCAACGACCGCAACUUCGACCGCCUGGACCGACUCCUCACCUCAACAUCAGGCAAGAUCGUCUACGGCGGCCGACGCGAUCGCUCAACCCGAUUUUUCGCGCCCACCAUCGUCACCGGCGUGAAACCCGGCGACUCGCUCCUCUCCGAAGAGCUCUUCGGCCCGAUCCUGCCCGUCAUGGACGCAGACCUCGACAGUGCACUCACGUACACCCGCUCCGGCGACCGACCCCUCGGCAUCUACGCUUUCACCGAGAAGCAAGCUGAGAAGACCCGGGUCCUGGACGAGACCCAGUCCGGCGGCGUGACCUUCAACGACUGCACGCUGCACGUCGUGGCGUGCGACGCACCCUUCGGCGGCACAGGUCCCUCCGGCCAGGGCUACUACCACGGCCCGCACGGCGUGCGCGAGUUCUCACAUCUGCGCACAUACGUGGAUGCCCUGCCGGCGUGGAUGGAGUGGCUCAUGGACGCACGGUACCCGCCAUACUCGGUCGAGAAGCUGAAUAAGCUUGCGCCGGCUGUGAAGCCGUCGUUUGAUCGGGAGGGCAAUGAUACCUCGCGCGCGUUGACGAAGUGGGUUGUUGGCCUUGGGGCGCUGGUGUUCUCAGUGGCUGUUGUGGUGCCGCGCCAGCAGGUUCAGACGCUAUUUGCUCGGCUGGUGAAUCGCAAUUGA